AUGGACACCUCAUACCCGCGGGGGGACUACCUACCCGCCCCGUCCCGCACGCGGGAGGCGGUUUUUUCGCCACCCCGCGACCACCUCGUCUGGUCCAUCUUCAACACCAUCUACAUGAACUUCUGCUGCCUGGGCUUCGUGGCACUCGCCUUCUCCGUCAAG